AUGUAUGCUGUUCAGCAUUUUGAAUGGUUGGAAAGCAUAACUCACAAGUACCUCAUUGCAGGCCAUACUCAGGAUGAGGGAGACAGUGCCCAUUCUCUUAUAGAGCGUCAAGUAAAAAGGACCAAGCGAUCUGGACCAAUAUAUAUUCCAGAUCAGUACGUUACCCUGAUAAGAAGUGCCAAAAAGUCAGGUCAACCUUAUAAAGUCGAUGAAUUAUGCCAUAAAGAUAUUUUACAUCUAAAGCAAUUGGCAUCUGAUAUUGAAUUCAACUGCUAUCCAAAGAAAAAUGCCAAUGGAGAUACAAUGAAAAUAUCCGAAAUGAAAGUGCUUAAGAUCACAAAAGAUGCUCCAAGCACAAUAUUGUAUAAGACGAGCUACCAGCAAGAAGAAUUUCAAACAACAACUUUGAGCAGGAGAAAUAAAAAUAGAGAUGUAAAAUUAAAAUACGCUUACAGCCAGAAGGUCGGAGUCACAAAUAAAAAGAAGACUGGGCUACUGGCAUUAUUCAAAAGAAGGAACAAACCGAUACCAAAAAAUACUUGCCGUUCUUUGAAGCACUAUAAUAACGUUUAUUGA